AUGACUGGGCCUGAUCCUGACCCAGUUUGCUGCGAACAACUCAUCACCAUGAGCUUGUCCAGCUAUCUCAGUUCUUGGUCUAAUCCAGAUGCUAUGCCAGGCCUGCUGGGCUCUCAGUGGCCAGGCGAUGCCGUGACCCCCGCGAGGCGUCGGGCCGGCAGCCGGCGCAGCGGCUGGGAUGACCUGGAGCUAACGCUGCCCCACAUCCCGGCACCGGAGGGAAAGCGGGACCUUGCUCCCCGCUCGCCGUUCAGACCCAGGGACGCGGCUGGGGGCCGGCCCACGGGCCUCUACCGCGGCCGUGGCGCCGAUUGGUCGUGCUUCGACUGCGGCGCCAAGAACCCGAGCUGGGCCAGUAUCACCUACGGGGUCUUUCUGUGCAUCGACUGCUCCGGCGUCCACAGGUCCCUGGGCGUGCACCUCAGCUUCAUCAGGUCCACAGAGUUGGAUUCUAACUGGAACUGGUUCCAGCUGAGGUGUAUGCAAGUGGGCAGUAAUGCCAACGCGACUGCUUUCUUCCGGCAGCAUGGCUGUACCACCACAGAUGCCAAUGCUAAAUAUAACAGUCGAGCUGCCCAGAUGUACAGGGAGAAGAUCCGGCAGCUGGCAAGCGCUGCCAUGGCCAAGUAUGGCACUGAUUUGCUUAUAGAUGGACUGAGUGGAGCUCCCGGGCACUCCCCUGACAAGAGUGAUGCUGAUUUCUUCAUGGAGCACACGCAGUCUUCCAGUACCUGGGAUGUAGCAGAUGCCAGCCAGAAUCCUGCACAGUCUUCUUCAGAGGUGGAAAAAGUGGAAAAGUCAUCAGAAGGCAGCGAAGUUUCGAAUCCCAGCCAAGGUCCAUCUAUUGACUUGUUGAGCACAUCUCCUAAAGCUCCUCUAGAACUUAAAUCCUCCCUCAUUGGAAAGAAGAAGCCAGGAGCUGCCAAGAAAGGGCUGGGUGCAAAAAAAGGUCUUGGAGCCCAGAAAGUCAGCAGCCAGAGCUUCACUGAGAUUGAGCGGCAAGCCCAGGUAGCAGAACAGCUGAGGGAACAGCAGGCUGUAGAGUCCAGGAAACAAGCCGAGGAGUCCAUAGUCACCUCAAUGCGACUGGCUUACCAGGAACUGCAGCUUGAUCGGAAGAAGGAAGAGAAGAAACUCCAGAACCUUGAAGGGAAGAAACGUGAACAAGCAGAGAGGCUGGGCAUGGGAUUGGCAUCCAGAAGUUCUGUUUCACACUCAGUGAUGUCUGAGAUGCAAGUAAUUGAGCAAGAGACGCCGGUGGUAGCAAAAACUUCCCGCUCCCAACUGGACUUGUUUGAAGAUGGUGGAAGCUUCACAUCUGGACCCCCCAAGUACAAAUACAGUCCCUUCUCAUUCGAAGAUGCAUUUGGUUCACGAUGGGAAACGGACUCUUCAUGGGGUAUGGACAAAGAGGAGGAACCGGAGGUGACCGUUUCCAGCAUUCGGCCGGUUUCAGAGAGACCCACCAGCAGGCGGGAGAUUGAGAACAGGCCCUCCAUGGUGGAAUCCAAUGAAGCUCGGCAGAAGUUUGCAGGGGCUAAAGCUAUCUCUUCGGAUAUGUUUUUCGGGCGGGAAGCAGAUGCUGAGUAUGAAGCCAGAUCCCGACUGCAGCAGCUCUCGGGCAGCAGUGCCAUCAGCUCUGCAGACCUGUUUGGAGAGGCUGACAAUGUGCACUCAGGUGGUGUGUCUAUUGGAAAUGUCCUGCCUGCAGCUGACAUUGCACAGUUCAAGCAAGGGGUGAAAUCAGUUGCUGGCAAGAUGGCUGUCCUGGCCAAUGGGGUGAUGAACUCCCUUCAGGAUCGUUAUGGUUCAUAUUGAUGACCCAGGGACUGCAAAGGGAAGCCAGCAAGAGGCACUGAUGCCACCUUUGCCUGAUGUAAACUCUGCAGGAUUGUCUUAUUUGUCUGGGUUGGGUGGGUAGGGGAGAAGGUAAGCGGAGGGGGUCAGGACGUGGCUGUGCCCAGGAUGCUUUCUGAAUAUCUCUGGAUUCCACUCUAUUAAAAUUCAAUGUGCCCUCAUACCCACUGCUAUCUACUAGCCAGUGGAGACAGGCCUUUUUACAGGGUUAACCUCAUUGCUGUAAAAGAUAUGACAGGAACUCCUGGGCUGCCCUCAUCAGUGCUCCUGCCCUUUGGCCCACACCUUAGCACACCAAGUGACAGAGAAAAGGGGAAUGCUAUUUUCCUGAACAUCAUGUGACAUGACUGUUUUUUGUUCUGAUCACUCUUCCCAAUCCAUGGUGCUGUGGAGUCCUCUGUAUUCGCAGGGUUUGCUUUUUACCGUGAUCUAGUCCUUUUUACUGUCUUCUAAACCAGCAUAUAUGAAUGCGGGAGAAAAAAAAGAUCAAAUCAAAGAUUAUUUUUUUAGCUUCUAUCUACAUCAUCAGCAAAAAAGGCCCAGGUAAAGAAGUAAAGAAAUUUACUGGA